AAAAGGUCUUCUUUUCUGACAGAUUGACGUGGUUCGCGGCCCGACGACGAUUUUGAUUUUUCGUUUUUCCUCUUGUGUCGUGGUGCAAUCGGAAUUCUCGUGAAUUCCGUACUUUUGCGGAACGCAAAACAGGGCGCUGGUGUUUCCGCGAUUGGCACAAGCUGUGCGCUGGGAAUCGGCACAACUGUUCGGGUGGCUCGGAACUAUAAGCCUGUACGGGCCCCGAUAACUGGCGUUUAAAUUAUUCAUCAGCCAGAGGGAGGCACUUCCAUCAUCUAUCUAGAAGCAUAGCGCCACCGCAUAAGUGUGUGCAAGUGCCCCUCUGACUGGCUGAAAGUGCUGUGCGAUGAUGAUAGGUUUUGGUUUCUGUUAAAACGAAAAGAAGUGUGGAUCGAGUACGGUGGGCUUAAACCAGUGAGUAUCUUGUGUGUUAAUGGCCGAGGCGAAGAAGGAAAUUUGAUAAGCGAUUGCUAAUUGGAUUAGGCAGCUGACGGCAAUUGAGCGAAGGGAAAGAUUUUAACACUGGCCGUGGCAUUCCGACUGCAGCAUGAUGAACGAGGAAGUGACACCGAGUAGGAAUGUAGUAUCGCAAUUUUUCAAACGGAUCUCACAGCUUUACCAACUUCAGCUGGACCGAUGGACGCCACACACCAAACUGCGGUGGGCGGCCGCGAUAGGCCUGGUGCUCCUGUUCCUUCUGCGAGUAUUCACAAAGCAGGGCUGGUACAUAGUGACCUACGCGCUUGGAAUCUACCAUCUCAAUCUGUUUAUAGCGUUCCUUACUCCAAAAAUUGAUCCGGCCUUGGAUCUAGAUGAUGAUCAAGGGCCAGAGCUACCCACCAAGUCCAACGAAGAAUUCCGACCUUUCAUACGGCGGUUGCCGGAGUUUAAGUUCUGGUAUGCCGUCAGUAAAAGUACCAUCAUCGGCAUUUUGUGCACCUUCUUCGAGGCGUUUAACGUGCCCGUGUUCUGGCCGAUAUUGGUCAUGUACUUCAUUACGCUGUUCUGCAUCACUAUGAAGCGACAGAUUAGGCAUAUGAUCAAAUACCGGUACCUGCCGUUCACCCACAGUAAGCCCCGCUACCAGGCGGUGCCGACGGAAAAGUGACAAUUAAAAGCACAAACCUUGCCAUCAACAACAACAUCGCAACUGUCAACAGGGUCAUCUGCAUCUGCUUCUUCGUCCAACGCUAUCAAUGUCGCCGCUUCGCCGGAGCCGGUUUUUAAAGCGUCCGCCUCCGGAAGCUCCGCAGCAGCAGUUGCCAGCGCUAAAGCAGUUCAACCCAGUUCAACGAUUUCAACCGUUUAGCAAGGAUGUUCCGAAAAACAACAACAACAACAACAACAGCAGGAAAAAGCAACUCCGUGUCCGGCUUAAUAGAGUGAUGGGUACCCUUGGUUCUGUAGUUAGUAGAAUGCCGUUGCUUUUGGUUGGUUUGUUUUCCGUUUAAUUCCUUUCUUUGGUUGUAAAGUAAAAAGCAGUUAGACAGUAGUCGAUGAUGAGGAUCAGGUGUGUUCCGACUCGCCGUAACAUCAGCUCUCGUCGGAAUCGGAACACACUGGGCAUUGAUUUGUGCUUACGUCGAUCAUCAUUUUCCUUUUAAAUCUAUAAUCGAAAAAAGAUUUUCACUACCAAAAUAUAGAGUUUCAUCCUGAGUGGAUAGCAAAGCUAAAGGUGAAACCAAUUUAGUAUAAUUUUUAUGUCAAAAAAGGCUACUUUUCCAACGGCUGAUUUGUACAGUUUAUGUCUUAUUUCUGAAGAAAGUCGUCCGAUGGGACGAAUCUUUCCAAUAUUCAGUAUAUCAUAUAGUUUAUUACGUUUCUUCUUCGGUUGAUUAUUAGUAGACGUUGUUUUAGUUUUAAUCCUAUCGUUUAUCCUGUAUCCCGUACUUUUAUAAAAAUAGCAAACAGCAGAAAUCAAAAUCUUAAGUACCUAGCGCUUUUCAACACCCUCGCUGUCUAACAAAUCAUUAUUUUUCCCCCUAAUUUCUAGUACCUAGAUAAAAGCAGAAUCAAUCGAAACCCAAACCCAAAGCAGUUAAUCUUGAAAAAAAAAAAAAAAAUGAAAGGCACCACGAUAGGACACACCCUUGGUAAUGUUUCAAAUUCAACUAUCCUUCGACUUAGUUUAGUUAAGUAUGGAAUUAUGUAAUCAAUAAUGGGAGUUUUUCUAUACCGCGUUUGUACCGCCCAACUGAGGACUAGGUAUUAGGUAGUCCAAAGUGGUUCAAGUGAGUUUUGUGAAUGGAACGAAUGCGUAACGAAACAAAAGAAAAACCGGGAUGAUGGAAAUAUUUACGUCUUUUCGACUAAAUCCGUGAGCAGACCCCGCUAGGUGUGAAAACUAACAUCUUAUCUUACAGGAAAUAAAAUAUAUACACAAGAAAGCAAACACACAGACACACACAUUUACCAAUAUGUGCAAAUUGAAAGACCCAGAAAUUGUCAUAAGAAGAAAAAAACUUGGAUAACCAAAUAAAUAUUGAAAACUAG